ACAAUAAUCCGGUUCAAUCAGUGUUCAUAACGGUUCAUUCUUCAACUUUUUUCGAAAUCUUUCGUAUUCUCGCAAUAUUUAGUUAUUAUAAAUACAUUCAAGCAAAUAAGAACUUAUUUCGGUCAUUUAGUCUAAAUCAAUAGUGUAAAUCAUAUAAAAUAUCACAAACAUGUAUCAAAAGGUUCCAAAUUGCUCUGGGAAUAGUUUUGUUGGAGCAGGCGAUAGCUACGAUGAGUCUCAAUCAGACUAUGAAGAAGUGUUAGAGUUCUCGUCAGAAGGAGAUGUCAAUGAUUUUUCAGAUUUCUUAUGGAUGGAAAACGAGGAAGCAUUCGAUGAUGAAGUUUAUCAAAGUUUGGAAGAAGCAGAAUUAAUGAACGAUUGUAUGGAGGCAAUGAACGAGUUGGAAUUAUUAGAUGGAAUUAAACAGGUGGAACAAGAGCAAAUGAUUAUCGAAACAAUUUGUAACGUCGCACAAAACUCAAGCCUCAAUCCCCUUGCAAAAGAAUUCGUUCCAUGUUCAAUCGUAGCUGUUACAUCUAAUUAGGUUCCUGCCCUAUUUAUGAAGAAAUAGUUCUUGUUUUAACAAUAAUUAUUGUUUUCGGUCUUCACAAGAAUAAUUUUUACUUAAAUCAUUUAUUUUUAUCUUUAAAAGAGAAGAGAAAAAAAUCAUUUCAUUAAUUCUUUCUUAUCAUUAAUGAAGUUUAAGAUAGUCAUCAAAUCCAGUAAUGCAGCUAAUGAUUUGUUUGCACAAAAAAAAAAGAAAUCAUCAAGCAUUGAAUUGAACAAACAUAAAAGAUAUUAAUUACGUAAUUAGUUAACAAAAAGUACUUUAAUUAUACUUUUAAUUAGCUUCAUGAAUCAUAAGAGAAAAUUUUAAUUUUGUUCAAUUCCUUGCAAGUUCUUCUAUUAUAAGUAUCAUAAAGAAUAAUUAAAAUACUUAAAAUAAAAUGUCAAAAAGAAGCAUUUGAGAGUAAUUUCUAGCCAAAUGCUACGCUAUCUAAGAAUUUAAUUUUAUUAAUGUAAAAAGAAUUAAAAAAAACACGUGAAAAAAAAACUCAACGUCAAUGUGAUAAAAAAAAGUAUAAAACAAAAUAAGUCAAUAAAAAAUAAAUAAUUUAAUUUAAAAGACUAAUUCAUUCGUUUGACUUGAUUGAAUAAAACUUUUUUGUAUGAUGAAACUUUCAGUAGCAUCAGCAGCAACACUCGAGAAUGCAUUUUAAAUUACCUUCUAGCAAUUUACAUAAAGUUUUAAGUUGAUUG